AUGGGAGGGGCCAGCAGAGGGGGCGCGGAAGAGGAAUGCACCGUGGUGCGGGUCGAGGACAUUUCCAAGAUGGCCGACAAGGAGGAGCCUCACGUGAGACUCAACCCAACGAAUGCUUCCGCUGUGGUGAGAAAGGACAUUGGUUCAGAGAUUGCCCUCAUCGUUCUGACCAGGGCGAGGCACGUCAGCCACGCGGACGACAGCACGGAGGAGACAGAGGGCAGAGAUUUGGGUCCGUUCGUUGCACAAUGUGAGGCGCUUACCAACUGGGAAAGAACAUGUGAUCCACUCAUUCUGCGAUCACAAUCUACCGGCUUCCACAGAACCUUUUGUGUGCUCUUAACACCAGCCUGCAGAUCAGUCUAUGUGUUUCAUGAGCUUAACAAAGAAAUCAAAACAUUUUUGACUAAUCCUACAUCAAUUUCUCCCGCCCUCACCUCUGUUCCACAGACACUUUGGGCGGCGCUCAAAUAUGACGUGGGCUUAAUCAACAACUGUCAACCAGUCGUCAUUACUCCUCGUUCUGAUUUCCGGCCACACAAACAUCAGUACCCGCUGCGACAAGAGGCCAUUGACGGUAUUACACCAGUGUUUGACUCACUCCUGAAAGCAGGUGUGAUUAUUCCCUGUCCAGACUCUCCAGUCAGGACACUGAUAUUUCCUGUUAAAAAGAUCAGAGAUGCAGGCAAACCUACUGAAUGGCGUUUCGUGCAAGACCUGAAAGCAGUAAAUGCUGCAGUUCAUGCACGUGCACCAAAUGUGCCUAAUCCUUACACUAUUCUAGCUCAGAUUCCUCCUGAAGGUAAAUGGUUCUCUGUGGUUGACCUGUCAAAUGCUUUUUUCAGCGUCCCAGUCGACAAAGACAGCCAAUUUUGGUUCGCAUUCAACUUCAACGGUAAGCCAUACACCUUCACUCGACUGUGUCAAGGCUACACCGAAUCACGAACCAUCUACAAUGAUGCACUCAGAGAAAGCUUAGAAAGUCUAACUCUCUCACCAGGCUCUGCACUUCUGCAGUAUGUUGACGAUUGCCUUAUCGCAGCUCCUACUCAAGCACAGUGUCAGAAAGACACAAUUAAAUUGCUACAACACCUAGCACAAGUAAGCCACAAGGCCAGCCUAUCUAAAUUACAGUUUGUAACGCAAAAUGUACAUUUUUUAGGUCAUGACAUUUCCGGAAAACCCUCUCUCCUAAAAUAAUCGCUUCAAUUGUGUCGAUAC